AGGGCCGUUAACAUGGAGAACUACAAGUACCAUAAUGCAUAGCGGCUUGACGUGUCAUCAAGCAAACAUGGCUGCGUCCUAAAAACAUUAAUGGUUUUCUACUUAGAUUUCAAUUCUUCCGUUAUUACUACUAACAAACCGGUCGAUUCGAAUGAAAGAGUCGAGUUUAAAACGAUUAUUUACCGAAUAUGUUAGCGGUCUAAUAAAACGAAACGAAUACAGCGGCUGUCAACGAAAAAAUUAUUGUUCUUUUAAAUCUCAAUGGUGAAAUAUGGAAGCAGUGCAGUCACCUCUCAGAUUUCCACGUUGCGUUUUAAGGACUGAGAUUUACUCACGACACCUGUGAUUCAUCCAGAGGAACGUCACGACGCUUAAACGGGGCAAAAAGAGCAUUCGGUUCUUCUUUUGGUUUAGAAAAGCGAUGUUUAGUCCUGUAAAAUCAUCGUAUUCCAGGGUGAGCCCAUUGAUUGUUAAUCGGGAGCUGGGGAAGACCAAGAUGAGAUAGCAAGAGGUGAAACACUUCUCUUUCACAGUAAACGAAACUCGGUUCACUAAAGAACAGGAGGAGGUUUACCGAUUCUAAGCUUUACAAGGCAGCUGCGGUCAUGUUUGGAGAUCUGUUUGAGGAGGACGGGGAUGGCUUUUCCUCCUCUACACCUGGCACAGGUGUGAAGGGGAGAGAGUGUGAGCCUCCACCACCCAGAGGGAAAAUCAAACUCUGCGGAAUCAAGAAUCAGGGUGGCACCUGUUACCUCAACUCCCUGAUCCAGACUCUGCUGUUCACACCAGAGUUUAGGGAGGAGCUGUUCCAUCUUGGACCGGAUGAAUUAGGAUGUCUGGCUGAUGAGGAUAAACCAGAGGCAAAGGUCCGUGUGAUUCCUCUGGAGCUUCAGAGACUGUUUUGUCAUCUGCUGCUGGUGGAUGAACAAACAGCCUCCACGACAGACCUGACCGACAGUUUUGGCUGGACGAACAAUGAGGAAAUGGGUCAGCAGGAUGUGCAGGAGCUGAACCGGAUCCUGUUCAGUGCUCUGGAGAGCUCUUUAGUAGGCACUUCAGGCAGCAGUCUCAUACACCGGCUGUACCAUGGGACGCUUGUCAACCAGAUCACCUGCAAGGAGUGCGGCAAUAUUAGUGAGAGACAGGAGGACUUUCUGGACCUGACUGUGUCAGUGCGUGGUGUGAGUGGGCUAGAGGAGGCGCUGUGGAACAUGUUUGUGGAGGAGGAGAUGUUUGAGGGUAAUAAUCUGUACCGCUGCAGCAGAUGUGAUCAGCUGGUUAGGGCCGCUAAGUCUGCUAAACUGAGAAAACUUCCACCAUUCCUGACCAUUUCUUUGUUGAGGUUCAACUUUGACUUUGCCAAGUGUGAGCGCUACAAAGAGACUGGGAGCUACCUUUUUCCUCUUACAUUCAACCUCAGACCAUUUUGUGAGCAGAACAAUUGGCCAGACUCAGAGUAUUCGUACGAGCUCUUCUCUGUCAUUAUACAUAAAGGAGGCUGUUAUGGAGGCCAUUAUCAUGUCUACAUCAAAGACAUCGAUCAGCUCGGCCACUGGGAGGCACCGGAGGAAGAGGUAAAAGUGAAGGUGAAAACCCAGAGACAAGAGGACAAAGUUGGGGAAAGAAAGAAAGACAGUGAAAAUUCUGUUGACACCGAGGAUCCACUCUCUGUUCUUACUGACAUUCUGGCUCAGGAUGAGUCGAAAUGUGUGCUUGUAGACCAGCUGGGCCAAAAGCUGAUGAAUAAAACGGGCACGCCAUGGAGCAAAAAAUAUAAAAAACAGUAUGGCACCAUCAGCAAGUUUCUUCAGAACCACCCUGAAGUGUUUAUGCUGGUCUCCAAUGGAACCCGUGUAGCUCUGAAAGCUGCUGGUCCUGCAACAACAGAACCCAGUCCAACAGAGCCAGUCGGUUCAGCUUCAGCCAGUAACAGCGCAGAGAACACGGAGCCGGAAACGGCAGGAGACACUGAAGGCCCUGACGGAUGUCAUUGGUUUGACCUGAAUGAUUCCACUGUGACGGCCAUUACAGAGAAGGACAUAGAGAAGCAGUUUCAGGGAAAAGAGAGUGCCUACAUGCUCUUUUAUAGGAAGACAACUAUGAAAAGACCUCCAGAGUCCAUAGGAAAUCCUGCGUACAAAGUGCCUCCUUACCUGGUGGAGAUGGUACAAGAGGAGAAUGCAAGACUUCAGCAGAGAAGAGCUGAGUUUGAUGCCAGCAGCAACAGCGUUGAAGUGCGGCUGCAUUUGGCCCCUCAUUACCACUACCAAAAUGGAGCCCUGCACCCCAUAUCUCCAGACGAAGACUCCAUCAUCACAGUCACCUUUGACCGCAGAAAGACUGUGGGAGACCUGCGAUUGGCCAUCUACCAGAUGCAAGAUCUUUGGGAAGGAGACAUGGCAUUGACAUUGGCUAAGAAUGUGCCAGCUGGGUUACAUUUGUAUGAUACACUGACAGAUGACCAGAUAUCCCUGUAUAGUGCAGGUGUGUCUAAUGGCUCUGAUCUCUUUGUGUGGAAUGGAAGAAAGGUCAGUGGUGUGGCGGUGAAAACUGGCAUCGAAUGGGAGCCUGUUUUGCUGACUGUGUUGCGUCCCUCUGUGGAAGAGCUGGGAUGUGGGGAUGGGUCAGGGGUCGAAGACGCUGAUGGAUCCGGUCUGGUGCGUUCCAUGAAGGGCUUUGCUGGUGGGGCCACUCUUGGUACAGUGCUCGAGGCUCUAGGGCCUCAAGAGGCCUUUCUGUGCCAGGAGCAGAGCCGUCCAGGGGCCAAUGGGGGCGGGACGAGUGGUUGGAGGGUUUUCCCACCUCAGGACAUGCAGAGGACACUGCGAGAGCUGUCUCUGAAGGACGGAGAUGCUCUACUGCUACUGCAGCCAGAGGAACUAGACAGCAGUAUCUUCAGCUUCAGCGGUGACAUGGUCACCGUGACAACGCCCUCAGACUGCCGCUGGCUGCAGGUGGAGUUUUGCCCACAGAGUGGAAUGAAGGAGGAAGAGGAGGAGGAGCAAGGGAAGAAAAGGAGUAAAGUCUCAGCUUCAGGGAACAUGCUGCUGGUGGAGGUGAAGGAAAAAGCUCUUGAGGAACUUCGCUUGCAGGAUGAGCUCAGUGGUGUUGAAUGUUGUCUGAGGCAAAUGGAUAGAACUGGAAAACUUUUACCUCCAGUUCAUGAGCAUUUGAGUGUUCGGGAUGCAGGGAUCAGGUUGAUGACUUCACUCUACCUGUGUCCCGGACCAGUGCCAACAGCAACACAGUUGUUCUUGUACUUCUGUGUUGGUCUAGCGCCCUCAGUUGGUCAGGAGCUAGAGAUUAUUGUAGAGGAGUCUCUAACCGUCAAAGAGUGCCUUAAGGAAAUGUUGCAGAUGGUGAAACUUGACGGUGAGUCAUGGCACUUAAGGAGAGUGGACUGGUGUGAGGAAAUUGGAGAGCCACUUAUGGAUGAGAAUGCAUCUCUGAAAGAAGCAAAGGUCAUUCAUGGGGACACACUGGUGCUGGUGGAGGGGCGGCUGCCUCCAAAGGGUUACCUCAAACUGUCUGUGAAGAUGUACAUAGACGCGAUUGACAGCUCCAGCGUUCCAGAGCUGAACCACACAGCAGAGUGCCUGAGCAUUGAGGGGCUCACCACAGAGGGGUCUGGAUCAGAGAUGAGAUUCAUUGGUCAUGUGGAGAUAUCAGAGGAGGCUUCACUUGAUGAUCUCAAGACUCAGAUGAUGACUCUGCCGGCACUUCAGGAUGUGUGUGUGCCCAGUCCUGCGUUUCUGCGUGUAUGGCUGCUAGAGGGCAAGAAACUGUCCAGGAUACUCAGAGGAAACCAACAGACACUCAGGAAGCUGAAGCUGGGGAAUGGAGUGGAGGUGUGCAUUCAGAGGCUGAUGAAAGAGGAGGACCUGGGCCUGAAGGAUUUAUUGCUGAGGGUUCAGAUUGGGGUGCCAGGAGAGAAGGCGUAUUAUCCUUCUGAGGAGUUUUUGUGGGACGCAGGGCGGGACGGCACCCCCAGGGGCCUGUACGCUGCUCUGGCCUCCCAGUAUGGUCUUACUCCUGACAACCUGCUCCUGGCUAAACACCUGCCUGACAAACACACCUGGAUGCCCAUUUCCAACUGGACACAGCAGGUUUCAAAAAGAAAGAAGAAGAGGAAAGCUGAGAGUCUCCAGGCUGCUCCCUUCUACCUGAAAGAUGGAGAUAUUAUAGGUGUCAAGAAUCUGCUAAUAGACAAUAAUAAAGAAUUCAUUACUCUGGAAGAUGAGAUUGGUCAGCAGAGACUCGGGGAGGAGGCAGUGAUUCAUAACACAAGGGGGCGUCCUGACACUGGAGAAUGUUCACAAGAUAUUGGGUCCAAGAAGUUAGGCCCAACUAAAAACGGAAAACGGAAACCAGAGGUGGCCUUAUCGAUCAAUGUGGGAGUGUUCAGGUAACCCAGCCUGCGAACAGCCACUUUAGAGCUGCCUGUUGGUCUUCAAAACCUUCACUAAAGCCGCUAAGGUGCCAUGGCAGAGACUGCCCCACUGAGUCACAGCAAGGAAGCCAAACUGAGGACAAUGUGAAAGUGCUGACCAGGAAAUCCAGCCUGUGGAAAAAUAUGAUUCUUUGGGCACGGGGAUGCUGAUGCUGAUUAAUUUUAAGUGGAAAUAUCAUCUUCAAUCACUGAAAUUUCUUGAAGCUUGCACACUUGCGUUGCCCUUUUAUAUGCAAUUCAUUCCUGGAGCAAAUAUUUGUACCCUACAAGACUAAGAGAUCAGUUUCAGCCUAUGCCAAUGGAUUUAUCCUGCCUCACUUCUGAGAGUCUGCAGUUUUUUUUACAAGGAGGGGUUUGAUGGUAAUGGUAUUAAAUGUUACAACUUGUCUUCUAUAUAAAUGCAUCAUUCAUUCUUUAAUUUUUUUUUUUCAACAAAAUCACAAUACUGUAUGGGAAGAUGUUUUACUCAGAUAUCCUUAAUUACCAUAUGUGCAGUUCUUUAUCAUUUAUAAUGCUUUCAUUCACUCAAAAAUAAAGUUCUGUGAUUUAUAAACUCACCCCCAUAUGAUCCCAGACUGUAAUUUAGGCUGUUAUUCAGUCAUAAUAUUUCUGUUUGUCCAGUACAAAAGUCAUCAUUACUUUUCAUUAACAGCAUUAUGUUUUUUAGUGAUUGAAUGUGAUGCACUAUUUUUAGGUCUAGGUGAAAACAGAGACUUUAGCUUUAGAGAACCUGAAUUAUUUAUCACUGGUCAUAUGGAUAUUUUUGGUGCAUAAAAUUUCUUCAGAUUUUUUUCCUUUCUUUUUUUUUUUUUUUGUUCUACAUGAAGGUGAUGUGAAUGAUGACAAUUUUCAUUUUUGAAUUUUUCAUUGUCAAACUUGUUUAAAAAAAAAAACUUUUCUUUUAUGUUAGUAGUUCUCUGCCAUCUUUACAAUCAAAAUUAAUUAAUUUCUCAGAACAUAGUGGUUGAUUCAGUGAGUCUUGAUGGUGGUGGCCUCAUGACAUAUAUUCUAGUGUUUCAGUAUCUUUUACAUUUGAGGUUGAAAAAUGUGUUUAUGCCUGACCAACCACCUCUGCCUCUCCUAUUGCAGGAAAUCAGCUGUGUGCUGAGAGAGAGAAAGAAAUGCUGUUCUAUAACUGAAAAACCUUUAGUCCUUUACAGCCUUUUUAAUGAGAAGUCCACAAGACUAUAAUACUGCAGUUUCUUGUUAUUGUUAUGGUACAACCAAGCAAAAAGAAAACACUCUCCUGAAUCAGAGUCAUGCAAAUCAGGGAUGAUAUCCAUAUUAGUUUUCUUGCUUUUUCUUUCUGUUGAGGAGAAAAUAAAGACGCUGAUUUGAACUGAAAUGGUUUUGAGCACAAAGCAAGUAUUUUAAGAAACGGUUUUAUGUAUGAAUUGCAUGUAUAGCUAAGUAUUGUUUGCCUUGUUUCUAAUGAAAAAGUAAUGUUCCAUAGUUUUGUAAAUGACAACAUAAAUAGUAUGUGGGUACAUCUGUGAGGGUUUUUCAGCUUUUUAUUUUGCAUUACUUUUUUCUUUUCAUUAAAAAAAAUCUAAUUUUGUUUUAAAAUCAAAAGGCUCUGUUAUGCUUUUUAAGUGGUUGCACACAUUUCCUAUAUAAUCUGUGACUGUUUAUAUUUUAAUAAGUGCAAUGACUUCUGCAUAACACUAUCCGACAGCUUAAAAUACUUUGAGUGGCAAAUUACAAAACCCGAAUUCUGGAAAUGUU